AUGGGGCCAGAUGGUCCUAAAGGUCAACUAGGGAUCCCAGGACAAAAAGGAGAAAAGGGUCAAUGCGGAGAGUAUCCACACAGGGAAUAUCUAAGCACCACACUUGCAGCUCUGCGUUCUAAUCACAUCCUUGCAUUGAAGGGUGAACAAGGACAGGCAGGCAUCCAAGGGCCCCCAGGACUACCUGGGCCCCCAGGCCCUCCCGGGACUCCAGGACCACCUGGCCCAACUGGCCCAGCUGGGAAAACAGGAGAACCUGGCAAGGAUGGAAAGGGUCUGCCAGGACUCCCUGGGCCAAAGGGUGAUCCUGGACUUCAAGGAUACCAUGGAAGGAAGGGUGAAGUGGGUGAGACAGGCCUACCAGGUGCACCUGGACUUUCUGGCCCUAAGGGUGAAAAGGGAGACAGUAGCCUGAAGGGGGAGAGGGGAAUGCCAGGGCUGCCAGGAAAACAAGGAGUUCAGGGUGAAUCUGGGAUUCCAGGAGCAAAGGGUGAGAAAGGGAAACCUGGUGACCCAGGACCUCAUGGAGCCAUGGGACAAAAGGGUGAAAAAGGAGAUUCUAGCAAUGCACUUGGAGGAGGUAAAGGAGAACCAGGACCACCAGGAUUACCGGGGCCUCCAGGACCAAAGGGCCCCAAGGGUGAACCAGGGAAGAGUGAAACGGUAGACUACAAUGGUAAUAUCAAUGAAGCUUUACAGGAGAUACGAACUUUGGCCCUCAUGGGACCUCCUGGUCUUCCAGGGAUUGCAGGGCCACGUGGACCACCUGGACAGAAGGGUGAAAUUGGCUUGCCAGGUCUUCCAGGACGCGAUGGAGAAAAGGGUCUUGAUGGCCUAACUGGAGUUAAAGGUGACCAAGGGAUGCCUGGACCUCCAGGUCUCAUCGGCCCAAUUGGACUUCCGGGUUUUACUGGAGAAAAGGGGGAACCUGGAGAAAAAGGAGAUACUGGGGCCUCAGUAACUGGUCCACCAGGGCCUCAAGGUCCACCUGGAACCCCAGGUCUUCAAGGCCUACCAGGACCUAAGGGAGAAGCAGGCAUUGAUGGAAUGAAAGGUGAAAAGGGUGUCCAAGGAGAGAAGGGAGACCGAGGUCCUCUGGGGUUGCCCGGCGCUUCAGGUUUAGACGGCAGGCCUGGCCCACCGGGUACUCCAGGACCAAUUGGGGUUCCAGGACCAGCAGGACCGAAAGGAGAGAGGGGAAAUAAGGGAGAUCCUGGUUCUACAGGACCGAUAGGACCAGCAGGACUUCCCGGCUUUCAAGGCUCUCCGGGUGAAAAGGGAAAUCGGGGGGAAAGGGGCAAGAAAGGCUCUAGGGGGCCUAAAGGGGAUAAGGGAGACCAAGGAGCGCCUGGAUUAGAUGCACCCUGUCCAUUGGGGGAAGAUGGGUUGCCAAUUCAGGGAUGCUGGAAUAAGUGAAUAUUCUAACCAUGGACUGGCCUGUGUGUCUGUGUGUAUGUUUGUGCAUAGAAUAUUUAUUUUUAUACAUCGUUCUUUUUUGAAAGUGCCAACAGAUAUGCAUAAAAAGGUGCAUAUUUUUGUACAUAAAAUGCUACAAUUUGCCUUUAGCUGUCUGCCAGUUGCUUGUAUAAUUAUAUAUAUGUUGAUAACUAUGCUUCUUGCAUUGUGGAAUUCAGCUGCAAUAUUUGCAUGAUAUUUGUGCACUCAAAGUAAGUGCUACAGCUUAAUAAGCUGCUGCAUAAAGAUGCCAGAAAGAACCAUUCUAUGUACAUACAAAGACAAAAAUUAUUUGACAACGGGUGCAAGAACAGCUUAAAAUACUAUGGAUUUUGGUUAUUAAAAUGGAAUUUAGCAUUUGUAAAUAAAUUCUAUAUUGGUAUUUUAAUGUGCAAAAUGAAAUCAACAUAGUGAGAGAUAACAGGGGCAAGCUAUCUUCACUUUUACUAUACAGAAAGGGUAGAAGUAACACACAACAUUGUUCAGAAUUGAGGAUAACAAAGUAGGCAUAUACUUGCCCAGAAAAGGUACCUAAUGUCUUUAAUGCGUCAAGACAAAGUUGAUUUUUUCCCCAUCAGAUUCUGAUCAUUGACAGAAGCACAAUUUUUGAUGCAAAAAUAUGGAGAUUUAAAUGUAGUUCUGAUCAAUUUAGCAAAUAAUGGAAAUUUUUAGCAUUU